AUGAAAGACCGACUUCAAGAACUAAAGCAGAGAACAAAGGAAAUUGAACUCUCUAGAGAUGGUCAUGUGUCAACUACAGAAGCAGUGGAACAAGGGGUGUUUCUGCAGCAAGCUGUUAUUUAUGAAAGAGAGCUUGUAGCUGAGAGAUACCUUCAUGAGAUCCAAAAACUACAGGACAGUAUUAACAAUCUGGCAGAUGAUGUUCAAAAAUUUGGGCAACAACAGAAAAGUAUGAUGGCUUCGAUGAGAAGGUUUAGUCUACUUAAGAGAGAAUCUAGCACUACAAAGGAGAUAAAAAUCCAAGCAGAACACAUUAACAGAGGUUUGGAUGAUUUAGUUAAAGAAGUUAAAAAGUCAGAGUCCGAAAAUGGCCCAUCAUCAGUGGUCACUAGAAUACUUAAAUCUCAGCAUGCUGCGAUGUUCCGCCAUUUUCAGCAAACCAUGUUUUUAUACAAUGACACAAUAGCAUCAAAGCAAGAGAAGUGCAAGACAUUUAUUGUCCGUCAGCUUGAGGUUGCUGGAAAAGAAGUACCUGAAGAAGAACUAAAUGACAUGCUUCAUCAAGGAAAAUGGGAAGUUUUUAAUGAAAGCUUACUUACAGAAAUCAAUAUCACUAAAGCACAACUCUCAGAGAUUGAACAAAGACACAAGGAACUUAUUAAUUUGGAGAACCAAAUAAUGGAUUUAAGGGAUCUUUUUAUUCAGAUAUCUCUUUUAGUAGAGGAACAAGGAGAAAGCAUCAACAAUAUUGAAAUGACAGUGAAUAGUACAAAAGAAUACGUUAACAGUACUAAAGAGAAAUUCGGACUAGCUGUCAAAUACAAAAAAAGAAAUCCUUGCAGGGUAUUGUGUUGCUGGUGCUGUCCCUGCUGUGCCUCAAAAUAA